UCUCAUGGGAGGGGCAUAUCAGAGCAUAGCAACAAAUCGGACUAGAACUAUAGAGAUAUUACUAGAACACGGUCGUAUCGACCAUAUGUAUACGACCGUGGACUAGAACUAUCGAUGGUACUAUCGAUAGUGAAUCGUGUAAUGCGGAGAUGGCUUCACACCCCUCGUCUAAUGUACGGGUUUAUGGAUUGGUAUGGUGGAAUCGAAUAAAACGAUCCAAAUAUUAUCAAAGACUUGACCCAUCACAAAUGAUAUAUACAUCUUCUUGGAUGUGGAAAGCAAUGUUUACCGUACUUUUUUUAAAAAGUGGAAGCACCCAAUAUAUUACACAUCGUGGUAUUUGUCUGUGUCAUAAGAGGAUGGGACAAACAUUUUACAAAAGCUUUCCUGACAUAAUUAUACGCUUUCGGUACAGAAUCCUAAAGAAAUAACAAGAGAAAUAAUGUAUUAAACUAUUUUUUUAUUAUACUCAUUUAUACUAUGUACUGUGUAUGUAUCUACUACAGCCGAGAGGAACGCGGAGCAAAGUUAGGCAAGGACACAGAGAGGGUUCGUAUCAUUUUCUUUCUCUGUUGUUCUCCGAUCACUUUUUCGGAUUGUCUGCGCGGUUUAUUCUUAAAUGUGCAUGUUUUUAUCUCUAUGCUGGUCAUCGCUAACUAAACUAUCGAUAGUCCUCUACCAGUACCCUAAAUAUAUUCCUAAGU